AUGUCUGCAAGGAAAGGAAGAGUUGAAAAGGCUUCUGCCGUCGACGAUGGCGUUUCAAUGAUUCUCGAAUAUCUUACGAAAGUUCUCCGAGAGCUACACCAAAACGAAAAGAUAGAGGGUCGAGUAUCCGGGAAACAGACAGUCUACCACGCUUUGCAGGCCCCAGACGACGAUGCUACUCCGGAAGCCAUUGCAGCUCUGGACAACGAUAUCAAGAUUCUACAGGAUCAGCUUACGGGGCUAAAGGCUGACGAGAAAAAGGCACGAGCGGAGCUAGCCACGCUUAACGCGAAACCCUUACUGUCCGAGAUCCGGAAGGAUAUUGGCCAACUUGAACUAGAAAAAGAAGAAAUCACGACUAAUCUGGCCAGACUACGCAGAAAUAACCCUACCCAAGUUUCCCUGGAGGAAAGAACAAAGAUCGAACGCGAAUGGAAGAUCUGGCAGAGGCAUGUCAACGUGCGCCGCAGGAUCUGCCGCGAGUUGUGGGGGAGGUGUUCCGAUGUUUUGCCUGAGGAUAUGACCCGCGAGGAGCUCUGGGUUCGUUCGGAAAACUUCAUCCCCCGUAUUAUUGGUAUCUUCUUUGUUGAAUUCCAUUCAUUCUAA